AUGCGAAAAGUGGAGAGUUUGUUAGGCGUUGAAAGGAUGGAGAGAAUGAAAGAUAAUGAGCUUCAACAUAAGGUUGAGAAGAAGAGUAUGAAUCAUCUUGGAGAUGGAGUGGUGUGGCGUAAAGGUGCAAUGAUUGGAAAAGGAAGUUUUGGGUCGGUUUAUUUGGCAAAUUUGAAGAAACACAGAUCGCGAUGUGGCUAUUUCCCAUCAGUUAUGGCUAUGAAAUCUGCUGAGGUCUCUGUCUCGGGUACGAUUCAGAAGGAGAGGGAGGUUUUGAAUAAUGUGAGAGGUUGUUCUGAUGUGCUUCGAUGCUAUGGUGAUGAAACUACUACAGGUGAGAAUGGUGAGAUGGUGUAUAACUUGUUGUUGGAGUAUGGUUCUGGAGGAACCCUAGCUGACAUGAUUAAGAAAUUGGGUGGCAACGGAUUGCCUGAAUCCGAUGUCCGUCGAUACGCAAGGUGUAUUCUUAGAGGGUUGAGUCAUAUUCAUGGGUGUGGUUAUAUCCAUUGUGAUUUAAAACCUGAUAAUAUUUUGCUUACUUCCGACUUGAAGGCGAAGAUUGGUGAUUUUGGGUUGGCAAAAAGGGCUGGUGGGAGCAAGAAGAGGAAAUUGGAGCCAUAUUGGAGAGGCACUCCGUUGUAUUUGUCUCCUGAAGCAGUGGUUGACAAUGUGCAAGAGCCUCCAUCUGAUAUUUGGGCUCUCGGUUGUAUUGUGCUUGAGAUGUUAACUGGGAAACAUGCGUGGAAUGGAGAACAAGAGUUGAACGUUGAGAAUAUUCUUAAAAAAAUUGGGAAUGGGCACGAAUUAACUAAAAUUCCAUUGGAGAUAUCGAGAGAGGGAAGAGAUUUCCUGAAGGGUUGUUUUGUGAGAAAGGAGAUGUUCAGAUUUACUGCUGAAAUGUUGUUGAAUCACCCAUUUAUGGAAGGUAUAGUUGAUGUUGAUGACAUAGAAGAUUUAGAGGAGGUUGCAGAUGUAAAUGAGGACAGCUCCUUAUUGAUACUGUCCAUGGCUGAUGAUGGACUCGACUCUUCAUCUUUUUCGGAUGAUUGCAGCUUCUUUUCUGAAGAGGAGUCCUUUUCUUAUUGGUCCGAAAAUGAAGAGGGGCCUGAUAAUCAAGAGGUUUGUAGUUUUUCUGAAGAUGGAUUUGGAGAAGAAGAAAGUAGGGGUGUUACUUUUGAGUUCAGUUAAUGCCGCAAUAGAUCAUGUAAUUAAGGUAUCACCUCAGGUUUUAUCAGAAAUUC